AUGCUCCCUACACGCACUUUACUUGGCUCUGCCCGAUUGACGCUCUUUACUCGCGCUGGCUGUGGCCUGUGCGACACCGCCAAAAACACUGUCCUGCAGUUUCAGAAACGACGGUCCUUCGAAUACGUCGAAAAAGAUAUCAUGGAGCCCGGGAAUAAAACAUGGAGGGAUGCCUAUGACUUCGAUGUACCCGUGCUACACGUUCAAUCGGUGCAGGAGGGAUCACCCAAGGAGGCCGACCUCUCCGAUGCACGUAAAUUGUUCCAUCGAUGGACCGAGCAGGAGCUCGAGCGGUCGGUAGAAGAGGCAGAGAAAGAAUAA